UUUGACAGCUCAGCUUUUUGUGCUCACACGCGCAGCGGCGGCAGCGGCAGCGGCCACAGAUAUCUGGGAAUUACUUUUCUCCUUUUUUCUCCGUUCGGUUUUCUUCUUCUUUUUUCUUUUUUUCUUUUUCCUUUGGUCGAGCGUCCUGCGUCUCCUGCUGGCUAUGUGGAAAUUUGCUCGCUCGUAGGGUUUUGGUCCCGCUUGGACCUUUGCGCGUGUUUUUUAUUUUUGACAAAUUAAGUUAAAAAAAAAAAAGAUAAAGAAAUAAAAAUAUAUAUUUUUUCGUUUUGUUGUUGUCGCGAAGGAAGUCAAGAUGUCGAGGACCGCGGAGGAGGUGAACAAGCUAACUGAAAGUACAUACAAGAAUGUGAUGGAACAGUUCAACCCAGGACUGAGGAACCUGGUGAACCUGGGCAAGAGCUAUGAGAAAUCAGUGACCGCAAUGUCCAUGGCAGGAAAGUUGUAUUUUGAUGCAGUGUCUAAGAUUGGGGAGAAUGCUGCAGUUUCUCCUGUCUCCAGAGAAUUGGGUGUAGUACUGAUGGAAAUCUCAGAGGUGCACAAAAAGGUUCAAGCUGAGCUGGAGGAUAACUUUAAGAGGUUCCACAGGGAGAUAAUAGCCGAGCUGGAGAAGAAGACUGACAUGGAUGUCAAGUACAUGACUGCCACGUUUAAGAGGUACCAGAUGGAGCACAAGAUGAAACAAGAUUCUCUGGAGAGGUCCCAGUCGGACCUGAAGAAGCUGAGGAGAAAGAGCCAAGGCAAGAACGCCAACAAGUACGAGAGCAAGGAGAGCGAGUGUCUGGAAACAUUGUCGAGCCGUCAGAUGGACAUGCAGUCGUUCGUCGCAGACGGCUGCAAGGAGGCCCUGCUGGAGGAGAAGAGACGCUUCUGUUUCCUCGUGGACAAACACUGCAUGUUCUCCUACCAGUUCGCCUCCUUCCACGAGAAGGCCAGAGACAUACUGACGGCAAAAAUCAGCACCUGGCAGGACCAGUGCAACGACGCCACCGUCAUGCCGGAGAGCGUGCUGUCCAUGAUCGAGGGGCUGCGCACGGCCGUCUCCAUGCCCCCGCUGCCCUCGCCCUCCCCGUCACGACACAGUCUGAACAUAGCUCCUCCCCAAGCCCCCACCGUGAAGGCCCAGACCAGCCCUCUGGCUACUAUGUUCACUCAGGAGAACAACACUUCCAGUGUAACCGCUUCUACCAACAACAGCACAGACCACGGCGAGGACAACAGUCUCGCCAGGUCCGUGUCUGUCGCCACGGGCCUCAACAAUAUAGUGAAGAGGCCUCGUGUGCGCACCAUCUUUCCUCACACCGCCGGCAACAACAGCACGCUGCUCAGCUUCGACGAGGGAGAUGUCAUCGUCCUGCUCAUACCCGACGAGAGGGAUGGAUGGAUGUACGGCGAGCUGGAGAAGAACGGGAAGAGGGGCUGGUUCCCUUCAUCAUACUGCCGCACGUUCUCCGAGCCGCUCGCGAACAACAACAGUGAGCCGGCCGCCCCGUACCGCAGCAGGAGUGUAGUCAACCUCCACCAUCAGGACACGGAGACGGACGAGGCGACGAUGGUGCUCCCCCCGGCGGACUACGGCAACCUCCCGCAGCGCAACUCCAUCAAGAACAACGCCCUGUACAACAACACCGUCACCGCAAAUAACCACCACCGGCACUCCCCCACACCCUCUGCAGCCUCGUCCUCUUUGUCUGACAACAGCACGCUGGUCCAGUCUAAUGGAGUCUCGAGAGCUCCGCCUGCCUUCCUCGCAGGAGGGAACCCGUUCGCCACAGUCAGGCUACGUCCGACCGUCACCAACGACCGCUCGGCGCCCGUCAUCUGAUCCGUCCCCGCCCGCCCCCUUGUAAUCGAGACGGGACGCGCGGCCCAGCUUCAGCCCUCAGACUCCUCCAGCUUCUUCUGGUACGGAUGGGAAAAAAACAAAAAACUAAAAAGAAAUGCCAUUUGAAUCUGGGAUCCCCUGAAGUGAUUUGGGACCAUUUUAUUUUCUGAACAGAUGCUCAUAUAUUUAUGAUAUAUUUAUGAUGUAUAUAUAUAUAUAUAUAUAUAUGUCAUAUGUUUCUAUGUCUAUUUUUGUCCCUCCGUCUGUGGUGGUGAGAUUUAAAAUUGAAACGCCCACAUUUGUACCUGCACUUGGAUGAAAACUAAACGGAUGAGUAGAAACGGUCGAGCGUGUUUGAAUGUAUUUAUGCCGUCGAUGCUGGAAAUCUUUUGUGUUGCCAUAGAACAGCAGGAGGACGUCCUGUGCGCUUCGCCUCCAGGCGCUCGCGCCCACGUCUCUGCUCUGUGUCGACAAAGAUUGCGAGGAGGCGCCGAUCUCCUUCCUCUUGUAUAUACCCCUCAUGUGUGUACAUUUGCACAGCAGAUAUAUUGUCCUUCGCUAUCCAAGUUAAUUGUUUUCGUAGUGUGGAGACGGGACCGUGAUGACGAAACCUGCUGUAAAACAUGACUCACCUGUCGCAUUCUUCUUCCCACUGCGGAUACGAGUCGUUACGAUCGCCUCAUCUUUAUAUUGACAGUGCAAUCAUUUGUGCUUUUAUUUUUAUUUUAUUUUAUUUUAUUUUUUGGCCUUACACCCUUAAUGGCAUUUGCUGUAUGAAAAAUAAAGAUUUAUUUCUUCAA